AUGGGCAAAGCAGCCGAGAAUUCGCAUGGCGCUGGUGCUGGCGCCGGAGGCCGAGGGGCUGCUUCCACGACACAAAGGAAUAGCAACGAGGAAGAUGUCGGGUUACUAUCCGGCGGCGGUGACGACGGCCCCGAUCUGCUCGGCAAUGAUGGCUACGACGGCGGUGAAGACUCUACUAUAAUAACAGGGAACGGGACUAGGACGGCAGCAGGAGAAGGAAGAGAAGGCAGCAACAGUCCUCCAGACUCGGACUCAGGACCAGGUCACAUCAAACUCCCCCGACGACAAUCCGCCCUCUCGGCCCCUCGAACCCCACGAACCCCUCGCACUCCGAACCGCGUGCGGUUUGACCUACGUCCUACCACCUUUGGCGACAACAGCAACAGCAGCAACAACCAUACAUCAGGGGCAGCUGCCAAUGGCGGCGCCCCAGAAGACCACCACCACCACGCCCGCGACUCAUUCGAUUCCUACUUCGACAUAGACGACUCCGACCAGCCACUAGUUGACUCCGACCACCACCGCCAAGGUCGCGUGCCUUUACUAACAGGCAUCGAAGCCCCCUCCGUAACCGUCGCCAACGCCGGCCCCUGGUCCGGGACAGGUUCAGAAAACGACAUCAGCUCGUGGGCCGAAACCGAGCGCGAGCGCCCCAAAUCGGGACUGCGCAUGGCCUUCAUGAACAUGGCCAACUCGAUCAUCGGCGCCGGCAUCAUCGGGCAGCCGUAUGCUUUCAAGCAAGCCGGCCUGCUUUCAGGCUUAAUCCUGCUGGUGGGGUUGACGGUGGUGGUGGACUGGACGAUCAGGCUGAUUGUCAUCAACUCGAAACUUUCGGGCGCGAACUCUUUUCAGGGUACCGUGGAGAAGUGUUUUGGAAGAACGGGGUUGAUUGCGAUUUCGGUCGCGCAGUGGGCGUUUGCGUUUGGUGGGAUGGUCGCUUUUGGCGUUAUUGUGGGCGACUCGAUACCGAAUGUGCUGAGGGCGAUUUGGCCUUCUCUAAAGGAGGAGGCCGUCAAAGGGACACUGGUCGGUUGGUUGGUUGGCAGGCAGGGGGUGAUUUUGGUGAGCACGUUGGGGGUUAGUUAUCCGUUGGCGUUGUAUAGGGAUAUUGCUAUGCUAGCAAAAGCGAGUACCCUCGCUCUGGUCAGCAUGGCCGUGAUCUUGAUCACAGUCCUGGUACAAGGUGGGUUGGCUCCAGCAGAGGACAGAGGGACGUUGGCAAACUGGAAUCUGCUCAUCAUCAACGAUGGCAUAUUCCAAGCUAUAGGAGUGAUAUCCUUUGCCUUCGUCUGCCACCACAACUCCCUCCUAAUCUACGGCUCCCUCAAAACCCCCACCAUCGACCGCUUCUCCCUCGUCACCCACAUCUCCACCGGCGUCUCCAUGAUCGCCUGCCUGCUCAUGGCCCUCGUUGGUUUUUUGACCUUUGGCGACCGCACCCUCGGCAACGUGCUCAACAACUUCCCCGCCGACAACACCAUGGUCAACGUCGCCCGCCUCUGUUUCGGCCUCAACAUGCUCACCACUUUGCCUCUGGAAGCCUUUGUCUGCCGCGAGGUGAUGCUCAACUACUAUUUCCCCGGCGACCCCUUCAACAUGAACCUGCACCUGCUGUUCACUUCCAGCUUAGUGGUCAGCGCCAUGGUUUUGAGCAUGAUCACGUGCGACCUGGGCACCGUGUUCGAGCUCGUGGGCGCCACCAGCGCCGCCGCCAUGGCGUAUAUCCUACCGCCGCUGUGUUAUCUGAAGCUGACGACCAAGGAGAACGUGGGAGGGUGGAAGAGGGCCGGGGCCUGGGCGACGGCCGGGUUUGGCGCCCUGGUUAUGGGCAUCAGUAUCCUGCAGGCCGUGAACAAGAUGGUGAGAGGGGAGGGGGGUGUGGCGCAGUGUAUGGCCUGA